AUGUUCACCAGGACCUGUCUUUUUCUUUAUUCUCCUCUCCUUCCUGUCCCCAUUAUCAACUUACUUCUCCUCCUCCCUGCCAGUGUUCCUCUCUCCUUCUCCUUUUAUUCAUCUACAACCCAUUUUCCUUCUGAUUCCUCUCAACUUCCUGCUUAUUCUCAGCAUCCUUCUCAUUCUUCUCUUCCUAUCCCUUCCCAUUCGCAUUUUCCUCCUUUUACUUCCCCUUAUUCUACUUUUCUCACCGUCCGCUUCAUUCUUCUCUUACUUUUCCCCCUCAACACCCCCACUUUAUUUCAAUCUCCUUCUUCUCCUACCGCUCUUAAUUCUUCUCAUACUCAUUUUCCUCAUUUACCUGCUUCUUCUCACCAUCUUGCUCUUUCGGCUCUUCCAAUCACGCCUGUUGCUUCUUCGCAUCGCCAUCAGCAUCACCACCAGCACCAGCAAAUAUUACAUUUUUUCGUACACUUGACAAGUGCUCGUCUAAUCAUACAAAGUUUCGCAGUCACCGCAUCCACUCAGCAUCGGUUUCGCAAUCCAUGUCUCCGAAGAUACCCUGCAAAACGCAUCUUCGAAUUGGGUCGAGCUUCGACAGAACACACCCGCGUGCGGUACCUUUCGCUCAAAGCUUCUAACGGAGCAUCACACGAACAGUUCCGGGGAUCAGUUGCAUUGAGCUUAUGUCUCAAUGGCUGGUCGAACCCUGGAAGAGCAAAGCAACCUGAAGACACUUCGAGUCCCGAGUUUGUCUAUCCUCUGCUCGAGGUCACCAUUGCGGAUCAUUCCGAGUCGUAG